UUUGAUUUUAUAAUUACCUGAGUAGUCGAAUUAAAUAAAGUGAACUUAAUAGAUACCUAUCUAUGAACAUAUUCGUUACAAUUAUAAAAGUGUAAAAUAACAGUUAUUUUGUAUUGGUGUACCUAGAUAAGUUAUUAAAUUUUUAAAUUUUUAAACACAUUUCAGAUUGAUAACCAUUGAAUUUACAAAUAAUUGUAAUAGGUAAUAUAUGUGGAGAAAUUUUCCAGCAAUGAAUAAUUUACUUAUUUUAGUAUUUUUGGAUACAUUACUGACGUAUUCAGGUAUUCAGGCUCAAACUUACCCCGAAGCAAAUUUAAUUAAAAAUGUAAGUGACGAGUUUUAUAAAAAGUGCGCAACUUCGGUUACUUGCAAUAGCACUUCUAAAUAUAGAACUAUUAAUGGAACGUGCAAUAACUUAGAACAACCAUUAUGGGGUUCAACUUUUACUCCCUAUAUUCGACUGGGUUCAGCUUAUUACGAUGAUGGUAACUAUAGUCUUCGACUACAAUAUAAGAAUAAAUCGGAAUUGCCAGGAGCUCGCCAUUUGCAGUUGGAAUUGUUUUGGCCAAGAACAUUUCCAAUUGAUGUUCCAGACAUUUCCAGAAAUUAUCAUGUCAAUCAAGUCGGCCAGUUUAUUACACAUGAUAUUAGUUUAAUGGGAGUCAAUUUUACUGUACCACCUGCGGAUUGUUGUGCAGUUCAGAGUGAUGACAAUAUUCCAGAUAUUUGCCAAGCAGUGAUUAAGAUACCCCCUCAAGACCCGGCAUAUUCUGAAAUAAACAAAACAUGUCUUCCAUUUAGACGAGCAAUGACAGCUUCUUUUGAUUUCAAUUGUGAAAUAACUCCUCAAAUACCCGUAAAUCAGCAAACUGCUUUUCUUGACGCAUCUCAAAUAUACGGAUCUACUGUAGCUAAAGCAGACUCUCUUAGAUCUCAUGAUUUAGGAAAAUUAAAAACUGACAUGAUUGAUGGACAAGAAUUUUGUCCUCAAAAACAAAGGAAUGGAUCAUUUUGUGAUGGGCGAACUAAUGUGACUUAUUGUUUCGAUGGAGGCGAUCCUAGAGGUAAUCAGCACUUCGGUCUCAUAUUAUACCAAGUGGCGUUUGUUAGGUUUCAUAACCUUAUAGCAGGAUUAUUACUAGCUCAAAAUCCAAAUUGGUCAGAUGAAAUACUAUACCAAGAAGCUCGAAAGUUCAUAACUGCAGUUCUUCAGAUUUUAGUUUACCGAGAUUACUUGCCGGUUUUACUUGGUAGUGAUUAUUGUGAAAAAGUUGGUUUGACUCUUACUGUAGAUAAGAAAACUGUGUAUGAUCCAUCAAUUAUGCCACAAUUGGCCGUUGAAUUUUCAGGAGGUUGUUUUCGAGUUCCACACAACGUUGUGCCUUCGCUAUAUUAUUUUGUAGACGAGACAUACCAUAGCUCAGAAAAUUUUAAACUUAACGAGUACAUGUCAUUUCCUGAUCCGAUAAUCGGCGGUUCUAAGCUUGAAGAAUUACUCAGAGGAAUGUCAUUCGUGAAAGGUCGAUGUCCAUUACCAAAUUAUAAUUUGUUGAUAUCAAGUGGUAUGUUUCAUAAUUUUAUAAGUACUGUUGCAGACACAGACUUACUUAGUAUAGACAUUCAAAGGGGCCGUGAUAUUGGUUUACCUCCAUACAUUAGAGUCAGAAAAAUUUGCGGUUUUCCAAAUAUUACAUCAUUUGAUGAUUUAUCUGGCGCAUUACAGCUUACUGACAUUGAGUUACUGAAGCAGAAUUAUGAAAGUGUCGAAGAUAUAGAUUUGCUAGUAGGAGCUUUGCUUGAACCACUUGUUGACGAUGCAAUGGUUGGUGAAACUGCAAGGUGCAUAAUCUCUGAUGGAUUUUUUCGUAUUCGAUAUGGUGAUCGUUUCUUUUUCGAUGUAGAAGAUCAACCAGGAAGUUUUUCUAAAGAACAAUAUGAUGUCUUAUGGAGUCUCACCCUUUCUCAAAUAUUUUGUGCAACUACAGAAAUCGAUAUAUUACCAUUCAAUAUUUUCAUACCAGCUAGGCUUACAAUUGAUUGUGGAUCAACAAGUUUUAAUCUUUCUGCAUGGAAAGAAAAUUAAAAAGGUUAACUUAAUAAAUUAUUAUUUCUUCAAACGGAGAUACAAAAGAAUCACGUAUAAGUUUAAAUAAUAUACAUGUGAAGUACAAAACUUACAAAAAAAUAUGAAUAAUUGAUUAAAGUUAUAAAAUAGAUUUCAUUUUUGAAAUUGUACAAUAAUAUAGUUAAAUUAAAAGUUA